AUGUCCAAAGCCCGCCCCGACUUCGACCAGCUCCAGGCAUCCCGUCCAGACUUCAACCACAACGCCCAAGUCACCUUCACCAAGCCUCCCAACCCAACCUGGAAGGAAGGCGACGGCGCCAACGAUGGCGGCGCAAGCUUGAAAAAAGACCACGUCGAGAUCGACCCCAAUGAAGAAGGUCGCUCCGUCGCUUCAAACUACAAGCUUCUCAUUUCCGGCAUGGUACCCCGGCCCAUCGCCCUAAUCAGCACAAAGUCCCUCGACGGCACAUCAACAAAUCUCGCCCCCUUCAGCUACUCCCAAGACACGCUGAAGAAUCUCAACGAAACAGGCGAGUGCGUCAUAAACAUCAUCUCCGAGCACUUCGUCGAAGCCGCCAACGCAACCGCCAUAAACGCGCCCUACGGCGUAUCCGAGUGGGAGACCUCUGGUCUCACGCAGGCCCCGACGUCCGUUGUCAAAGCCGCACGCGUGAAGGAGUCGAUUCUAGCCAUCGAGGCGAAACUGGUUGAGGUCAAGGAGUUUGAGAGCCGGGCUGUACCUGGGAAGAAAUCUAGUGUUUUGGCGAUCGUUGAGGGCGUACGGUUCUGGGCGCGCGAGGAUGCUAUUGAUGAGGAGAGGAGCUUGAUUGAUUUGGAGGUGUUGAAGCCUAUUAGUCGGCUGGGUGGGAUCUCGUAUGGGCGUACUACUGAUGCGAUUGAGAUUCCUAGGCCGCAGUUUUGA